CACAGCAGCCGCCAGCACUGCACACUGCACCAGUUCUUCCUCUCGCCCUUCCUCUUCUUCUACGCCUGUUCUUUCUUUCUUUCUUCCAUUCCUUCUUCUUCUUCUUCCAUUCUUUCUUUCACCCACCCUCCUGGUCCUGGAGCUCUGCUCCGCCCGGUUCGGAGACAGCAGAACCGAAACCGAACCGUGAGAAACCGGUUUCGGUUGAUGGCGGUUUAGUCCUAAUAGAAUAGGAUAAAUUCGGUCGCCCGAUCCGGUUAAAAGUUUAUUCGAAUGAGUUUUAGUUAAAAGAAGAUCGUAGACUGUUUGAAUCCUCUCUUUCUAUCAGGUCUCGGUCUCGAGAGAUCGCCGGAGUCACCAUGCGAAAGCAAGUCCUAUCCUUGACGGAAGCUGCGGCUUCCAGGAUACGUCAGCUCCUCGAUAAGCGCCAGCGCUCUUUCCUCAAGCUAGGUGUCAAGGCACGCGGCUGCAACGGAUUAUCCUACACCCUCAAUUAUGCCGAUGACAAAGGAAAGUUCGAUGAGCUAGUUGAGGACAAAGGAGUGAAGAUAUUGAUUGAUCCCAAGGCCCUAAUGCAUGUGAUAGGAACAAAGAUGGAUUUUGUUGAUGACAAACUGAGAUCUGAGUUCAUAUUCAUCAAUCCAAACUCCACGGGGCAGUGCGGGUGUGGAGAAUCGUUCAUGACAAUGAGCAGCACCGAAGCAACAAAGCGAGGCGGCAGCAGCAGCAGCUCCUGAACAUAAUUAUACUAACUUGCUUAUGCCACAAAAUUUCUAUGUUUGUACACACAGUUUAGUCUAGAUCAGAUCAGACCCGAUUGAACAAAAAAAUUAUACAAAGCUCAAGAUCGCACUUGGGCUGCUUGCGUCUGCCAUAUCUAUCUAUAUAUACAUGCCUGUGUAAGUAUUUUCGCCAUAAUCAAUUUUCUAUGAUGUAUUUGGUGAUAUGUAAAUUACCUUUGUUGUCACUAUCCAUCAGCUAUUAUGUAUUUUGAUAAAAUAAAUCAGACAAAUACAGAGAGGCACGAAAUAGAAUCAUUUUUACCCUGUGUUGUUCUCUCCAUCCA